GCCUUGUAGCACAUCAUCGAGCGCAGUUCGGCGUUAUCGAGACCCGCCGCAAUACGACGACAACAAGCUGCGCGGCGAGAAGCGACGACACGAGAGACGAUGAUGGCCUCUCCAACCUCCGCGGCUAAACCCUCGCUGCGUUGGUUUCAAGAGUUCAUCCAAAAGCCCAGUGAAUCAUGCGCCUCUCCAGAACACAUUGCCGAGGACACCACGACAGGUCUGGAUGAUGACUGCGCAGGCGCUCUCUGCUCCAAAGGCAUACAGUACCGCGCGACAAGCAAGACUCAUGAAUGGCUGGCGACGGUGCUGAUCUGUCCAGCGCGUUCAGCAUGCGCUUCCUGCCCCAAGUGGAUGCAGGACCGUAGGACAAGCAAGACUCAUCAAUGGCUGGCGACGGUGCUGAAUUGUCGCAGCGCAGAGAUCCUUCACAGCAGAGGCAACCCGAAUUGUGGUACUAGAUUCUGGGACAACUACCGUGACUUCCUCCGCGAGUCGGCAGGUGACUUAGAACAGCAGGAAAAAGCUGCGUGGCACAGAGAUCGUCCACAGCAGAGGCACUAUGAAAUUAAAGGCUACCUUAGCUUCCUCGACGAAGAGGGAAACCGAGUAGAAAAGUGGAAAAAGAAAUUCGGAGUUAAGUAGACUCAAGACUGAGUGGUCCAACUGACCGCUUAGUAUCAUGGGAACGUAGGGUUAUUUACGUAACGAUGCGCGGCGCAAGCAGCAUGAAGACUCAAGUGGAU